AUGAUUGAAUACUUGCUGUCAGCUGCAAUGGCCAUUGGGCCAGCAUUGGGUUACAUUGAUCAGUACUUUAUUAUAAAGAGACAACAAUCGAGCAGUGGAUUUAAUCCUGUAACAUGUGCGAUCCUCUUGUUUUCAAAUAUCGUGCGCAUCUUUUUCUGGUUUGGCAAACGCUUCGAUACGACAUUGUUGAUUCAGUCAGCCGUCAUGAUCAUAACACAAUCAAUUCUAUUGGAGACUGUUGUACGCCAUCGCACCCCUGAAAAGCACGAGAGUGAACCAUUAAAGGACCAAGAACAAAGACGACUACGAUGGUACGAUACGUUUUGGCAAUGGCCCCAUUAUUUGGAUUACGUCAACUGCCUCUUGGGCUUCACGACCGUCGUUGGUGUGGCCUAUGUGCUAUUGGGCAAGCUGCCUUGGUUUGUGGAAGCUCUGGGGAUCAUUAGUCUUGGCAUAGAAAGCACAUUACCACUACCACAAUGCAUCUCGAAUUUCAAGACAAGAUCAACUGCUGGAUUUAGUUUGAUUGUGCUGGCCACAUGGUUUCUGGGAGAUGCAUUCAAGCUCUUUUACUUUAUCUACACCAACGCUCCUCUUCAAUUUGAUUUGUGUGGCGCGAUCCAGCUUUCGAUUGAUUCAUUGAUUGUCAUGCAAUCCAUCCUCUUUUCAACCAAAGUGAAGACAUGGCUAGGGAUCCACCACCCACAUCCAGAUAAACACUUCUAUGCAUCGAUACCUUAA